UUGGGAGAAGGUUCUUUUGCAAAGGUCAAGGAGGUGCUGGAUCUCAUCACUCUGCAGCGUUUUGCCGUCAAAAUCAUCAAGUUCAAGCGAGUGCGCCGCAUUCCCAAUGGCCCGGAUAACAUUCGCAAGGAAAUCAUGCUUCUCAAACGUUUGCGACAUCGAAAUGUGAUUCGUCUUGUCGACACUCUCUACAACCAUAAUAAGGAAAAGAUCUACAUGUUCAUGGAGUACUGUCACGGUACCUUGGAAACUUUGCUCAACAAUGCUCCUUUCAAGCGCAUUCCAGUGUGGCAGGGUCACCUCUAUUUCACGCAACUUGUCGAAGCCAUGCGCUACAUUCACAGCCAGGGCAUUAUUCAUCGAGAUAUCAAGCCAGGCAACAUGCUCCUUACCGCCGACGACGUCCUCAAGCUUGCGGAUUUUGGUGUGGCUGAUGUGUUGCAGCGUUUUGUGCCCGGAACUCGGGUGGAUACAUCCAAUGGUACUCCAUUUUUCCAAUGCCCAGAGGUUGCGCGAGGCCAGGAAUCGUUUGAUGGCGUCAAGGCCGAUGUAUGGGCAGCGGGCGUCACGCUUUGGUCCAUGCUCUCGGGCACGUUUCCUUUUGAUGGCGGGUCCAUCUAUGAUCUCUAUUGUAACAUCUCCAAAGCAGGUGAAUACGUCAUCCCGGACACUAUACCGCCAGACGCAGCCAAUCUGUUGGAUGCCAUGCUUCACACUGACAUGGAAACACGGGCCACCGUGGAGGCCGUAGCCUCGCACAGGUACGGUUGA